AUGUCAGCACCUUGGGCCCAAGGAGGUCAACUCCCAACAGCCGCCAAGCCCAGCCAUGGAAACCGGCCUCCAAUCUGCUUCAAUUGCGGCCGGGAAGGUCAUUUCAUGAUCGCCUGUCCUGAGCCCUCACGUCAAGCUCCGAAGGGCCCAGUGGCCUUUCCCCAUCACGUGGCUCUGAACAUCCGGCAUCUGGAAAUGCCAGUGGCCAAAUGGCGCUCUUCUGUCCCAUGCCCAAAUAUACUCUUAUUUGUCAUAGUGUCCGCUCCGAAUUCUGGCCUACAGAAUGGUAACAGAAGCAGUUCUUUCGCUCCGCCUGCUCCGCAAUAUCAACCAUAUCCUGGUCCAGCGCCACCACCCCAAGCUUUUCCACCGCAACAUGGCCCAGUACAAACGCCUUACCCAAAUUAUCCGCCCACUCAACAGUAUGGUCCUCCAGCACCACAGUACACUCACCCUCAGCCAGUACAUCAACCAUAUUCCGCUCCAGUAAAUUCACAAUACGGUAAUUAUGGAAACCAACAGCCCCCUUACAAUCCUUACUCCGGUGCCAACGGAUCUGGGCAAUAUGCUGGGCCGGCUCAGCCCAAUGGUCCUCCGCAGUAUGGUCCUCCGCAGUAUGGUCCUCCCCAGCCUGCCAACCCGUACCAGCAACCCCAAAACGCGUAUCCGCCAUCCCAUGGUGGCAAUUAUGGCGGAAACUAUGGCCCUCCCAAUUUUCAGGCACCCCCUCAACGAUGGAACAAUACGCCUUCAGUUCCUGGACCAGGUAGCGCUCCACCUUACCACCGCCAACAGCGAGCAUAUUCAGAUUCGGGCUACCAUUCCGCAACUCCUGGCUUCCAGGCCCAUUCACACCAGCCGCGCCAGGAGAGACACGGUUCUCAAAGUCUCCAGCAAACCCCAAGGACCCCUGCAUCUAAUGUUGGGAGCAUCCAACAGCCAACACCCAAGGUUGCGCAGGCUGCCCCUUUUGUCCCAGGGACACGGUCGAAAAGCUCUAGCCGGGCAAGCACACCGCAUGGGCGACGUGAGUCUGUUGUUAGCAGCGUUUUAAAAGAAGCAGCACGUGGCAUAGCCAACCCUACCGUCAAAGGCGGAGAGGGUUCAUCCCAACAGCAAGAAGAUGGUGACGAGUCUGAUGCUGAGGGGCAAUUUAAUUGGGCCUUGGAGUGCAUCUUCAAAGAGCCUCAUAUUCCAGAAACUGUCGGGCUUGCGCAGCCACUGUCUACUAACUUUGCCAUGACGCCUGUCCCUCUCCUUGAUAGCAAGUCAUCAAUUUCGGUUUCUAGAUAUGCCAGAAAGGAUAACUUGAAAGAGUUCACGAGAGACAUUAGAAGCGCUCCGCAGUGGUCAUUUUUGAAGGAUGAUCCUGCUUUCUCGGAUAUCAAUUUGGAUGCACCCUUGAUCCCAUUGGAUGAUAUUCCUGCAUGGAUUGCAGCUCGACAUGGCAUGAUAGAAGAUGCUGAGGGCGAUUUAGAGACGUCUCGUAAACGAGCAAGGUCUGGAGAAACAGAAGAUGGGCACGAAGACUUGCAAGGGGAUGUUGAUAAUCAGAUUGUUCUAGAAGCUGCAUUUGAGCCCGAGGACGACGCUCCGCCUAGUAAACGGCAGAAGGGUGAAGAUGUGGAAGAGCAAUUGGAGGACAGACCAGAAACACCUGGAACUCCUAUGGUCACUACUCCAGUAUUGGCAGCAAGAAUUGGCACUCCAUGUGUUGCAACUGACGAUGAUGUCUGGGCUCCACAGCCAGGCGAGGGCGCUGCUUCAGCUACACCAGCGCAAGAUCCCACCGAAGCACUACUUGCAUCCUUGGGGGUUUCAGGUGCUCCAAAACCCGUGAAGAAAGAUUCACUUCCGCCCUACCAGGCGCCGCCUGAAGAACGAAUCCACGUUCCGCAUGGUGGUCCAACAUUCCCAUCCAGUCACCAACACAUCAACCAAGCACCCCCGUCAAAUUUCCCAGCCAAUCCACCUAUUAAUAAAGGUUUUAACAAUGCUCCGGCAAUGCAACCACAAUUUGGGCCACCUUCUAACUCUCAAUACGUUAACCACCCCCCACCGCAGCCACACCCAGCUGUUCAUCCUCCUUAUGCCAACAAUCAACAAUAUCAGCCACAGUUUCCACCACCCGCUAAUCCUCAGUAUCAUAAUGGGGUUCCUCAUAAUGCUUCGCAUGCUGGUCCUCAGUAUGGGCCACCUGAGUCUUCGCCGUAUGGUCCUCAACAGCACGGAAACCCUCCAUAUGGACCGCCUACAAACCCUUCUCCUUUCAAUGGUCCCGUAACGAAUGGACCGUACGGUGCGACCCCACUUAACCAUGCUCCCCAAUAUGGGACUGGGCCACUCCAAAACGGCACCUACAAUCCCCAGCCAUACAAACAACAUCCAAACUACGGCAGUGGUCCAACGAAUGGUUACGGAAAUGGUGUGCAGGAAAAUUAUGGAAAUGGGCCGCCGAGUCAACAAGUAUAUGGAGCCAACAUCCAGAGCAGUCCGCCAUCCCGUCAAGAUUCGGGCUAUGCGAGUGCAGGAGGACCUUAUAGCAACGUCUCAGGUCAAAAUGGCUUCGAAAACCAGAAAACUCCUCCUAGCGACGGGAAUCCCAACUAUGGAUAUUCUUCUGCUGUGAAUCCAGGAGCCUCGGUACAAGCGGGGCCUGCUGCUGAGAGCAUGUCUCGCUCGAACAGCAAUACUGGUGACCAAGACGGUUCUCCCUUGAGCCCUAUGUCGCAGGAGAUCCUUGGAAAAUUGUCUCAGCCUGCUCAGAAGCUAGGUAACGGAAAAAAGGCCGACCCAUUACGCCAGGUGGAUGAUACGCGGAAGUUAAAGAGGCCAGCACCUGUGGUUGCAGAAGCUUACAGCCGUCGGUGGUGA